AUGCAUAACCCUGCAAAGGGUUUUAAACGUUGGAUUUGUUUGGUUUCUUUUAUGCUUAUUAUAAACAUUGGUGUUACCAGAGCAACUAUAUGUUCCGACUCGGGGAAUUUCACAAGUAAUAGCACUUAUGAGAAGAACAGGAAUCUGAUCCUCUCAUCUCUUGCUUCUAAUGUCACUCGACAUGAAGGGUUUUUUUAUAAUGCAAGAAUUGGCCUGGAGCCUGACAAAGUUUAUGCUCUUGUGAAUUGUAGAGGAGAUUCUUCAGCAGAAGAGUGUGCUAGUUGUGUAAGUUCUGCAGCUAAAGAUAUUGUGAAGACAUGUUUGAACCAGAAAGAAGCAGUGGCAUGGGGAGGGAGUCCUCAAUGCAUUGUGCGCUAUUCAAACAGCUCUUUUUUGGGCAAAAUGGAUGCGGAUCCUAUGGCUGGAGACGAAAAUAAGAAUAAUAUAACCUUAAACAUGACACAGUUUGAUCAGAGUUGGGAGAAUUUGAUGAACCGGUUGUUGAGAGAAGCUGCUGCUGGGGCUAAUAAUUCUACAAGCAAGUUUGCAAUUGGGGAGGAAAGUGUGACAAGCUUUGUGAAGAUUUAUGCACUCAUGCAGUGUACUCCAGAUAUUUCACAGAGUGAUUGUGAGGAUUGUCUUNUGUUCAAAGAAGUGAUAUUUUGCUUGAAGCAUUAUUUUGGAUUAAACUGGAGCUGA